CAACUGCGACAUGUCUAUAGAAAAAGAGAAAAACAGUUAUCUUUCUUUUCAUUUUAGCUCGUCUCGGUGUAAUUGAAGUGAAUUCUACUGCUGUUUGUGAUAACGUUGCUCUUGUAGUUUAAAUAGUGUAUUAUUUAAUUGGUGGAUAGCCGCUCAUCAUGUCUGAGGAGCCUGAUACACCGCCCUUCAGCACCGUCGAUAUUAACAAUGAGAGCAGCCGUGAUGACGAGGAUCUUUUUGCAUCAGCGGUCCAGGAAGUAAGCCUGGACCCAGAGGUGAAUGGGACCCGAGAGACCCUGGAUCAGAUUUCCAUCAGCCAUGCUCCUGUCAAUACUGGGUCUAUUGGGAGCCCUAUCAUGGAGGAGAUUGCUACAGAGAGAGCGAACAACAUAAUAAUAACAGUCACUGAGCCACAAAAAAUUGGAGAAGGCAUGAGCUCAUACGUAGCGUAUAGAGUACUAACCAAGACCAAUAUGCCUAUAUUCAGUAAACACGACUUCUCUGUGUUGAGGCGCUUCAGUGAUUUCCUUGGGCUUUAUGAGAAGUUGAUGGAGAAAUAUUUACGCUCAGGGAGGAUCAUACCGCCGGCGCCUGAGAAAAGUAUUGUGGGAACAACAAAACUAAAAAUGACGUCAACGCCCUCAACGGAGAGCGCUAACGGCGGCUCAGCCUCCGCCAACGUCCAAUCUCAGUUCGUCGAGCGGCGGCGAGCGUCUCUGGAGCGGUUCCUGAAUCGCGUGGCGCAGCACCCCGUGCUCUGCAUCGACCCGGACUUCCGGCAGUUCCUCGAGUCGGACACGGAGCUUCCCAAAGCAACAAGUACGUCUGCGCUCAGUGGCGCCGGAAUGGUGCGGUUUUUCAACAAAGUGGGCGAGACCGUCAACAAGAUCACUUAUAGAAUGGACGAGUCGGACGCCUGGUUCGAGGAGCGCGCCGGGCGCAUUGAGGCGCUAGACGCAUGCCUGCGGCGCCUGUGCGGCGCGUGCGAGGCGCUGGCGGCCGAGCGCCGCGAGUUGGGCGCGCGCGCGCACGACGCCGCCCGCGCCGCCGCCGCACUGUCCGGCGCCGACCCGCACGCGCCGCUCUCCCGCGCGCUCAGCCACCUCGCCGACCUGCACGAGAAGAUAGAGCAGUUAAGAAUUGAACAGUCGAACACCGAUUUCUACGUGCUAACGGAGCAUAUCAAGGACUACCUCGGGCUCAUCCAAGCGAUCAAAGACGUGUUCCACGAACGAGUCAAGGUGUUCCAGAACUGGCAGCACGCCCAAAUGCAGCUGACUAAGCGGAGAGAAAACAAGGCGAAGGCCGAGCUCGCCAACCGGCCCGAGAAGAUCGAGCUGGCUUCGCAAGAAAUCAUCGAGUGGGAGUCGAAAGUGGAGCGCGGGCAACAGGAGUUCGAUCAGAUCUCGCGAGUGAUCAAAAAGGAGCUCGAGCGCUGGGACGAGGUGCGGGUUGUAGAGAUGAGGACCACGCUGCUGCGGUAUCUCGAGGAACACAUGAAACACCAGGCACAGGCUAUCCGCUACUGGGACGCAUUUCUGCCCGAGGCGCGCGCGAUCAAAUGAGGCGCGCCCUGACGGCGCCUGCUCACCGGCUAGGCCGAGCCAAACCGAACCCUAGCGCCCUACGAAUAGACCUCAUUCUACCUUAACGUUCGGAUGACAAGACUGGGACCGAGGAGUUGGAACGAAGCUCGGUAGAUGUCGUUAACAGU